AGGAAGGAGAGGAAGGUGGACAACAUGAAGCCCAAGCACCCCGAGGAGCAGGAGAUCCCGUUCCGCCUGCGGGAGAUCAUGCAGAGCCGCGAGGCCAUGAAACGCCUGGGCCAGGGGAAGAGGAAGGCAGCAGAGAAGAAGCAGCAGCAGAAGCCCAAAUCCAAGGGGGACAUCCCGGUGCCCAGGUUCCGGAGGGGGAAGGGGGAGUCAGAGCGUUCCUACAUCUGCCGCAUGGAGCAGGAGGUGCAGCACGUCCUGUUCCUCACCGAGAACCAGCUCCAGCGGGAGCCUGAGCGGGAGGACACGGCUCCAGAGAAGUCCCAGAGGAAAAAAGAGUUUCAGAAAAAGAAGCUGGAAAAAGCUCGGAAGAAGAAGGAGGAGAAGAAGGCGGACAUGCUGGAGAAGAGCCUGUUCCAAGACACAGUGGCGUUUGGGGAGGUGGUGACACAGCCACCCACCAUCACCUCGCGGCCCCGGGGACGGGGUCCUGCCGAGCAG